UGGAAAGGGAGGCUGCCUGUCAGAGGAUGAAGGUUAUCAAUUUGUACUUGUUUAUUUAUGUGUAAUAAGUGUCUUGAUUUCUUUUUAAAUAUGGUCAAAUGGGCGGACUUCUGUACACCAGUUCUGGUGGUGUUUGAUGCUGUGCGCUGUAGUUUGCUCAUUGAUUGUGACUAACUUAGCACAAAAUAUGUCUAGUUUUAUCAAGCGAGACUCGACACGGAGGUCAGAUGAUACUAUGGAUGAUGACACGGACGACAAGGAUGACACAAAACGGAAAUCUCGAAACCUGAGUGAGAAGAAACGCCGUGACCAAUUCAAUAUGCUGAUCAAUGAGUUGAGUUCAAUGGUCUCAACCAACAGUCGCAAGAUGGACAAAUCUACAGUUCUUAAAUCCACCAUUUCAUUUUUAAAAAAUCAUGAUGAAAUAGCUGUUCAAUCACGUGCACAUGAAAUUCAAGAGGACUGGAAACCAUCAUUCUUAUCAAAUGAAGAAUUCACGCAUUUGAUUUUAGAAGCAUUGGAUGGCUUCAUCAUGGUAUUUUCCUCUUCUGGAAGAAUAUUCUAUGCAUCAGAGAGUAUUACAUCUCUUCUUGGUCAUUUACCUAGUGACCUUCUGAACAUGACAAUGUAUGAUUUGGUUUUUGAAGAAGAUCAGUCAGAGUUCUACAAUGUUCUGCUCAGUCCUGCCAACACUCUAGAUGCCAUGAAUGACAGUGAUGCAAAAGAAAAUCGUGUCACUUUCACAUGUCAUUUAAAACGAGGUGGUCUUCAUGUCCAAGAAGAAGAUACAUUUGAAUUAGUGCAAUUUGUGGGAUAUUUUCGUCCUAAUGCGGAACCUCUUGAAGCGGAUAACUUUAUUUCUAGUAGCAGCCAUUUUAGCAGUUUCUCUGGUGAAGCAGAUUCACGGUUGGUAUUUGUGGGUACAGGUAGACUUCAUGUGCCCUUGUUGAUUCGUGAAAUGUCUGUGGUUGAUUCCGCAAAAAGUGAAUUUACUUCACGUCAUAGUCUGGAAUGGAAGUUCCUGUUUUUGGACCACAGAGCUCCACCAAUUAUUGGUUAUCUACCUUUUGAAGUUCUUGGAACAUCUGGAUAUGAUUAUUAUCAUGUAGAUGACCUAGAGAAGGUAGUCACGUGUCACGAAGCCUUGAUGCAGAAGGGUGAGGGAACAUCUUGCCAUUAUCGGUUCCUUACAAAGGGCCAGCAGUGGAUCUGGUUGCAGACAAGGUUCUACAUUACCUAUCACCAGUGGAACUCCAAGCCUGAAUUUAUUGUUUGUACACAUCACGUUGUUAGCUAUGUGGACGUGAUGAAGCAGUCACAGAAGGCACCAGAGGAUGUAUCAGAAUUGAGGAGUCAAGAUAACAGCCAAGACAAUGUUGUUACUGGUCAUUUGUCUUACAGACACCAGCAGUCAUCACAGCCUACAUCUCAGAGUGGUCUUGCUUCCAGUCCGUGGUCUUCCAAGUCAUCAGCUGGUAAGCCAUCAAGGUUAGCAGAAGUACAUUCUCCACAAGGUGGAAAUGGGUUGAAAGCGCGGACACGACCCUCAGUUCAUCGUGGUGCUGGGUCAGAUUCUACAUCCAUGUCUGCAGAUUCUCCAAGCUCUCGCCAUUCUGAAUUCACACAACGCAGUACUCGCUCAAGAACUAAUGUGGUUGCACCUGUCCUUAAUAAGCCAGAACUGACGAUGGCUCAGCCACAGCAGGUGACACCACCUACUACUACAAAAUUCCUGAAGCCACAGCAGGAGUAUGUGGCAGUACCAGUUCCUGUUCAGCCCAUCCUUGCAGCUGCAGGCUUUCCAGGCACUGUUGUAGCAUCUCUACCACCUCCCUCUGAGCUUGUUCAUCAGCCCCUUGUAAUGACGACAGCACAAAGCCAAAUCCAGGAGCAGCUGCAGAGAAAACACGAAGAAUUACAGCGGCUGAUAGUGCAGCAGCAGGAGGAACUGCAGCGAGUGUCAGAGCAGCUUUUGAUGGCUCGGUACGGGCUGUUGUCACCCAUACAUCUCAAUGUGACCUUGCCUUAUACAGCAGCUGCAGGGCCAGUCAUUAGCAGCACUACAUCUACGCUCGGAUCCACACAUCAGCAGUAUCAGACACAAUCAGGGACACCUGUUUGUCUGCCUGUCCCAACUGUGUCAUCGGAUAUAUCAUUACAUGAACAUUCUUCUCUGGCGGUUACCAGUGUUGCCUCUCGUCCUCUUGUCCAAACGACGUCUGUUAUGGUACAACCACACCAGGUUAACCUUCAAGCGCAUGCUGCAACUGAGGAAGUGAUUCCCUUCCAGCUAUCACAGCAGCAAGCCCAGCUGUUGUUCACUUCUCCAAAUUCAACAGUACAGCACAACCAGUGAUGAAGUAGUCAGUUAGUCUUCCCCCCUGCAACAUCUUUUCCUUUGAGGGGGGGAUGUGACAUUGAAUUUGCUGUACCACUGCAGUCAACUUUAUUGAUAUGGGUCUGUAUAGACCGGUAGUCUAGACUCUACACAGCUUGGAUUGUCUGCAUGAUUACAGGCUGAAUUGUGGUGACCCGGCCCCACUGUGUGCUGUCAUGUGUGGAGAAGUACUGGUCUGUACCUGCAGAACUUAACCAAUCCUUUGUAACUGUACUGAAUGUCAUAGUUGAGUUGUUGGCACUCCUGUUAUUUUAGCUAAGUCUUGUAUUCUGUUCUUGCCUUGGAGGUGGGUUAUCUUGAUUGAGAAAUUUUGUGGUUUUCCUCAGCCUUUCCAAGCUGCUAGAAUAACACCUUGAUGUAGGCUAUGACUGCUUUCUUGCACAGCCUUCUCAAUUAAUCAUUUACAUUCAUUCUGACAUUCAGUGCCGUAUAACCUGUACCGUUCUAAAAACAUCAUAUAACCCAAGAACCACAAGACAGUAUAUUUGUAUCUGUCAACCUAACAACUCAGGCAAAGUAAUAACAAAGGUUAUUUACAUUAAUGUUAAUCACAUUAUGUUUUGACCCCUAUUGGGUCAUCAUCAGGUGCAUCUGUGUGUACUUAGAUGCUGAAUAUUUUUUUCAAUAUGGAUCCAUAUUUUUCAUCAUAUUUGACCAUAUGAUUAUGUGAUUAUAGCUUAGUAGUGAACCUCUGGUUUGUUUAUUCCUUGGUUUUAAACCAUGUUGGUAUAAAAUUGUAUUAAAUUAAAUUGAAGUUAGUUUAAAAUUAAUUUAAAAUUCAUUAAGAUUAAAAUUAAAAGAAUUUUAAUACUACACCCUAUUCUGUAUGGGUUUGUAUUAAAUUGUUAAGUUAUGUGUUUAUGAAUAAAUAGUUCAAAAUGUUUAUAAAUGCCUGUUUGACCAUUCUGUUGGUACACUGUCUAUCCCUGUCUUGAUUCUUCUUUGGUAUUGUGGGUAUGAUAUAGUUGGGGGCCAAGUUAUGAUGUUAUGGGUCUCUUGCAACUCACGUUUGUACCUGCUGCCUCAUUAUUUAUACCAUAUCAGAGAGUAUACAGGGUUUGUCUGGAAAGUAAUGCAGUUAAGUUCAUAAAAAAAUGUAUUCAAGAUAUCGUUACAAACGUUUAAAAUUCUUCAAAGUACUCCCCUUGGGCAUCCACACACUUUUGCCAGCGACUUUUCCAUGCACGAUACGCAUCCUGGAAGGCGUCGACUGGGACCUCGUUUAGAGCUUUUGUCAUGGCGGUGUGGAUCGCUUCAAUGGUUCCAAAACGGGUUUCUUCCAGGGCGGUCUUGAUCCUCGGGAGCAAAAAGAAGUCUGCUGGAGCCAGAUCAGGACUGUAGGAGGGCUGGGGCAACCUUGCCAAGGUGUGCUUGGCCAGAAACUCCCGGAUGCGCAGAGCAGUGUGGCUGGGAGCAUUUCCACAUGGGCAAAUUGUCUGCAACGAUGUCGUGCACAGUGGUUUUCGGAAUACUGAGAGUCUCUGCUAUCAUCCGAACACUCAUUCGACGAUCGGUAUUUAAAAGAUCAUGAACACGAGACACAUUUUUGUCACUUUUGCUGGUUGAUGGCCAUCCAGAGCGGGGGUCAUCAUCCACCUCUUCCCGGCCAUUUUUAAACAACUUCAACCACUUGGAGACUUGAGAAUAGGAGGGAGCAGAGACCCUGUAGGCUUCCUGAAUCAUUUGGUCGGUGUUGGUGAGGCUUUUGUUCAGUUUAGCACAGAAUUUGAUCGCAUAACUUUGUUCAAUAGUUUUCUCCAUUGCGUGUCAUGACACAGGCACUAACAGGAGGGUCACGGAAACAGCGAUCCUGACGCUCCCAGAGCUCAGAGCAGACCGAGCUUGGAAGCGUUGUGAAACUAAGAGUCCCAUCCCCCUUUUCCAACCAGUCUCAACGCACUGCGACCAGGAGGAGCAGCAGCAGGAAAAAACAAAUUGCAUUACUUUCCGGACAAACCGUGUAUCUCAACCUAUGAUGAUGUGUAUGAUCACAUUGUUCUGUAACACUAAUAUGACUGCAUUAGUUGUGUAUAACUCUGUUGUUUUAUAAAUUUUUCUUCUAAUUUGUACUUACCACUUUAUGAUAUGUAGUGCAGCUCACAUCUUGUUCUGUAUUUGGUUGUUGAGACUCUGUCAAAGUUAUCUUACAUUUGGUACUGUGAUCAUUGUGUUGGGUGGGUCGUAUGGGAUGAAAGGUGGAUGGGGGGAGGGUAGGAGGUGGGUAGGGUUGUUGGUAGUAAGAGGUAAUGGAAGGGGCGUGGUUAAUUGAUGGUAUUAAUUUUUCUUGGUGAGUACAUUUUUAGAACAGUGUCAAAUAUAGGGUUGUUUACAUUUACAUGUGUCAUUCAUUUAUAGAUUAAUGUAAAUAACCUUUGUUAUUACUUUUACUUGAAUUGUUAUGUUGGUGGUUACAAAUAUGUUAUUUUGAAUGACACACAACAGGAUGUAACACGUAAAGAUCCAAGAACCAUUUCUUCCUUUGUAUUCAUGGGGACCCAGGUCUGAUUCUUUAUUCAGAAGACAGCUGCCCCACCUGUCAGAUUUCUGUGUUUCCUCAAAUUCUCCAGGCAGUUCGUGGGAUGAUGCUUUAAAAUCAGCCAUGAGUACUUCUCUCGACAUCCUUCCUAAUUUGUAAUUCAUGAUCGCCUUCCCAUUUGACACCAUAUAACCUCUACAGCUGAAACAAUCUUUAGUCCUUUAGCUGAUCCCGCUGACAUAUCUGAUACUGUUCCUGUCUUGUAUGAGUUCUCUCUCUCAUUAUUAGCCUUUGUCCAAUAAUAUUACUGUUUCACUGUGCCACAGCUGAUUUCAUGUCUACCACUUGGACAUUUAUUACCUAACCAACAUAACUCUGCAGCUAGUAAGGGGAAAGAAUGGCAUUGACAGUGGCCUGGGAUAGUUUGAAGGGGCAGUGAAGGUAGGGAGGGUUCAUCUGCAAACUGUAAAGAGAUACAAAGGCAUAUAAAGCUUAUAAAACAAUCCUGAAAAUAAAGUUAUCAUUGAAAGUAAGCAGUUCUGCAUAAAAGCAUGGUUUCACCUUAUCUCUUUGCUUAACUUCAUAUGUGUGUGCCAGAUAUCCUGUCAUCCUCACUGCUAGCAUAGCUGCUGUUUUCAUUUCACUUGUAUAUCCCAACUGACACUUUCUCCAUAUCACUUCUCCAGUAUUUUUGCAGUUGUUGCACAUGAUCUCACGUGUCUUCAUGCUUAUAAUGUCACAGAUUUUAUAGUGUCUGCCACCCUUCCCUUAACAGUAUUCCAUGUGUACUCACCAGGACUUAAAUUGCAGUUGCAUUAUGUCUUAUACACUUAAUCACUUGGUUGAGGUCAGUGAAGUUUUACCUGUUUUAAUAGUUUUUGUUGAGACAUUUGUCCAUAGUUUCAGUAAUGUCUGUGAAUCAGUUCUGGAUGUCAGUUUUUCUUGAAGCUUGUAUAGGUAACCUACCUUGUUGUGGUAUGGUGUGAUAUUCAUAGCAAUCAAUCUGUUUGGUGGUAAAUGUGGUAUAAGCCUUUCUCUUUUCUUUCUCUUUCUCUUUUCAGUCUUUGACUUUACCUUGAACACUGAAGGAGUUCUGUGUGUAGGUACUUUUACCACCAUCUGACAGUUAUGAUUUCUUGGCCAGGGCUGUCAUCUUUCCUUAUGCCAAAUACAUUAUCGCUUUACCCGUACCUAUGUAGUGCUUUUUGAGGGUGAUCUAUAGUUCUUUGAAAUAUGUGACUGUUUUGGGAGUGUAUCAUUCUGUUUCUCCCAUUGUCUUAAGGUGUCUAGUUAUGCAAGCUUCAGUAUUAUUUCUUUCCAUCAGCACAUAUGUUGUUACAUUCCUUGAAUAGAAAGCACAAAUAAUUUAUAAUUUUUCAUAAUGUUUAUGUCCUUUGAAAAUAAUUUCAUUCAUUGCUGUGAAAUGGAUUUUCCUCAGUGUAGGUACUUCUUCACUGUGAAGGAUUAAUGAAUAAUGUUGCUGAGCCCAGUUCAAUAUAAUUUAUCCAGUGAAGCUUUUAGGGUGGAUGUUUUCCUUUCAUUACCUCUCAUUGGUUUAGCUAGUAGCCCUAGUUAUUUUGCUUUCUUUCCUGAUCAUGCAGAUUGUCCCUUCAGAAACACUGAUAUGGACUGAAAAUGUUGCAGAAAGAACUGCAGUUGAAGAAUGUUAAACAGCAAAUAUUUUUGUCUUCAUCACACUCCUGUAUUAUGGUGUUUAAUUCACUGCUCUUUACUAAGAGUCAUUUUACUUGAAGGAAGAACCAUGUUCCACUUCCACUGUUUAUAAUGAACAAAUGAAUUUACUUUACUAUUGUUUGCAACGAAAUUACUGACCCUCUGACUGUGCAUAGAGUAUUAUGUAAGAUAAGGUAAGGAGAAGGAGAGAGAAUUUGUUCACAUUUCUCCACAUGCACAUUAUGUCUGGUGGGUAGUGAGGGACCAAAAUAUUUCAAUUUAUUCCUUCUUUAUAGUAAGGAGUGCUUGGAAAAAUAUAUACAGGUAUUUACAAAGAUUUUGCAAAUGAGAAAAUGACUCUGGAAUUGUGUUGUGGGUGUAUCAUUAAAGUAAUCGUGUUUCAACAUAAACUCUCUACUAGUCACACAAUGAACUUGAAAACAGUACGUAGUAGAUCACAGCAUUGUAUUCUUGUGGACAGGCUCAUAAUUACAAAAGUACAAAUUACUUUUUAACUAUGGAAGUUGUCCAUAAUGUAUAUGGUUACAGUGUGUUGUGUGAAAAAUGUUGGCAGUUUAUACAGAGUUACUAUAGAUUAAGCAUACACUUUUAAAAAUUUAUUUUUAGUAAAUUAAUUUUCUUCCAUAUUAGUAUCAACUGAAACAGAAACUGGAAUUGUUAUUCUGUGUUGGAAGGCGAUUUAGUUUAAGAAGACACUUUGCAAGGCACUUCUAGAAGAUGAAUUGAUUAUGAAAACCAUAAAACAUGACUCCCAGCAUUUCAAGAUCUUAACUCUUGUGAACUUCAUCUGAGAUUUGAAAGAUGUGGUAACCCAUUCUUACCAACUGAUACUGAUGAAACAGUGUAUUUAUGAAGCUUUUCAUCAAUAAAACAGGACAAUUUCAAACAAGUUCUUUAUCACCUGAAUGUUGGCAGUUUUACCAGUCAAGCUGAUUCUUCUUGAGUCAUGUUCAAAUGUUUGUGUUGCAGUUUCCAUUGAUGUAGCUUCUAGGUAUGUUAAUGGGUGCAAAGCAAAAUUUUAAAAGUGUGUACUUCAUUACUAAUAACCUGUAUUGUACUGGAUGAAAGAUAUUACAUGGUUUAUGAGAGGCAAUAGAAAUUUAGUGGAUUAUUUUUGUAACAGAAGUAUCCUGAUGGAAAAGUUUGCUGUGUACAAAAGACUAGGAUGUUAAAACUUUGUGUUCUGUAACAUUCUUGUGAAUAUAUCCUGUUUUGUCACA